AUGGGCGAUUUGCUACUCGCGUCUCUUACCUCCGCCGCUGCCCCUGGCGCGGGGGCGGUUGGCGCGGGGGGAGUUGGCGCGGGAGCGGGCACUCCGCGGAGCGCGUCGUGGAACAUCAGCGGGCGGCGGAGGGGGGAAGACAAGCGCGCGGAGGGCAUGAUGGACUGGCUGGCGGGGCUGGUGCGCGGAAUGACGGCAACGCGCCUGGAUUGCAUGGACCGCGCGGAGCGGCAGGCGCUGAUGGCGGAAACGGCGGAGCUGGUGGUGCAGAUGCUGGAUAAGCGGGCCGCGGAAGACGGCUUCGCGCACCGCUCGGAGGUGAGCGCCCUUCGUCGCUUGCAGCGCGAGGCCUUCCAGGACCUACUAAGAGUUAAAGACCGUCUGCACAAGCUAGAGUACUAUACUGGGAUUCGUCGCCUGCAGCCCUUUGGCGCCGCCACCGCCUUCCCCGCGUCGCCUCCCUCCGCCUCCGCCGCCUGUAGCGCAGGCUUCGGGGGAAGCGCGGGGGGCGCGGGGAUGGACCUGGGCGGGGGUUUCGGGUUUGGGCUGCUGGGGGGAAGCCGCACGCGGAUGUACGGGGAGGUGGCGGCGGGUUCCGCGUUCGUGCCCGCGGAGGGGGAGCGCAGCCAUUCCGCGCGCGCGGGUCUAGAGCAGGCGGGCAUGCGGUCAGGGCUUACUGUUAAACUGCGUCUAGACACGCUCUGCAGGCGUUGGGGCAGUGGCGGUAACAGCAGUAACACCGGUAACAGCGGUAACAGCGGUAACAGCGGUGGCAGUGGCACCUUAAGCGGCAGCAGCAGCAGCAGCAGCAGCAGCAGCAGCGGCGGCGGCGGCAGUGGCAGCGGGAAAAGCGGUGGGGCUGGGUCUUCAGGGGGGUCCGCGCAAGGGAAGAGGAGAGAACCAGAGGACUUACUAGUGACGGAGUUAACGUCUGGUCUAGGCGAGGAGAGCAGCAGCUUCAUGUUAGGCGGCCCUGUGAAUCUGCACAAGGUGCUCUACUGCGCGGCGCUCUGGGACGGUGUGCGUCUGGCUGUAGCGCCGCUGGGAGCUGUGGGGUCCGAUGUAGCAGAGCCGAUCAACCCUCUCAAGCCACAGGAGAACGUCGUUUUGGCGUUUUCUGCGCUGAAUAGAGUGUGGCCUGCUCCCCCUCUUCUGGCGUCAAAUGGACUGCAUUGGAGUGAGAUGGGUCCGUUGGUUCUGCCUAGGGUUAACCCGUUUGGGUGGGGGAGAGAAGGAAGCGCGGUAGGGGAUGGGAGCUCAGAGGCGAGUUAUGGCAGUGGGGUUGGCGGGUUGGGGGGGAGGGGGCGGGGGAGGGGAGGAGACGAGGGAGAGGAGGGGGAAGGGGGAGGAGGAGCGGGGCAGGAGCUGUGGCUACCCCCUCAGGACGAGCCUGGGACAGCCGUGCAAUCAGUGGCAGUGGCAGGUGCGAUCCAGAUAGGAGGGAUGGAGAAGGAAGAUGGAGCAGGGGCGCUGGGUUUGGUGCAAGGAGAGGUGUACGUGCGAGUGCCGUGUGCGCGAGGAGUGGUGCUGCAGCCUGGGGUGGUGGUAGCGCAUGGGCCUGAGAGUGGCCUGCACACUGCCUACAUGCUCCGGACGUGCUGGGAGCUGUGA